GUGUUGGGGAGAUAAAAGCAACAAUGCAAGCCCAUCUGCUGGAAGGAAUGAAUUUAUUGCAGUGAGCAGGUAAACUGAAUAAAAGUCUGAAAGAUGCGUCGAGUGCAUUCAUGCUACUACAUUUUGUCUUCGACCGCUGGGUAGAUUUCCGUGGAUCAUGUUAGAAUAUUUCAAUUAAAGAAUAUUUAUUUGGUCACGUCCACCUACAGAGAUUAUCGGAAAAGUGUUUUGUGGCGAAUUGCAUGUUUUCUUUCCCAAUUUGAAAGGUGGUCUCCUCCAUGGAUGCUAGGAAGGGUGAAAUUUUGAAGAUUACAGAGCACGAAUGGAAACUUGGUAUCUGUAUUGGAAGGGGAACAUGUAGUGAGGUUUUUGAGGCUGCUGGGACCCUCUGCUAUAAGAGUGGGCGUAAGAGAGCUGUUAAAGGAGCUGUCAAGGUUUUCAAGGAAGGAUCACAAUUUGAACAAGCUGCUCUCAACGAGAUAAAGAUUUUGCAGUAUUUAUGUCAUGAAAGUGAAUCCCUCGACGUAUAUUACUUUGGUGAGUAUUUUUUAUAUGCAUUUGAAACUGUUUUCAAUGCUAAGUAAACUGGAAAGUUAGAAAAAAGAUGAUUCAAGAAAGGUUUUGACAAAGGUGAAAAGUUUGGUCGUGACUCACUGUUGUAUCAAAGUUGACCAACUUAAUUCUAAGGGGGGUGGGGAGGCUGGCCAUUGUACAAGUGUUACUGUGAGCUAAUGGUUUGACUGAAUGGUACUCAGACACUCUGCCAACAUGUCAACUUGCCAAAAAUCUACUCUCUGACACAAUUAGUCAAUUUGCAUAGUCAUCACCUCAGGUAAACUUGCUGAUUUACUUGUCACUUUGCCAAUGUCCUCAGUCACUUCAAUCCUGACAUAUAUUCAGUGAGAGUUAUUGGGCCAGUAAUUUCUCUGAACAAUCAGCAAAUGUAAACCUAGUACAGUUGACAGCAAGUUGAUGUUGGGAAAUUGACCAAAAAUAUCGAGAAGUUGACUAGUGGUAUCAGCGAGUUGCUUUCAAGCAUGUAUAGCACUAACAAUUAGGCCCCUCCAUUAUGGGAGAGGUCUAAAAAUCAUCACCUUGAUUUUUUUGCUUAUUUAAUGGUACAUAUUUGUUUUCUUUUCAGUGCAUUUAUUGGAUUACUUCCUUUAUAGAGGUAAUUUCUACUUGGUUUUUGAGCAGUUGGAUUGUCAUCUUCAUCACAUUUUGCUUAAGUACUCAGCCAAAGGUCUUCCUAUCUCUAUUGUGAGAAGAUGUUCUAAGGAUGUUGUCAAAGCCUUGAGCUUUUUAGCCAUCAAAAGAGUAGUUCAUGGUGACCUAAAGAUGUCCAAUAUAAUGUGGAAUCCAAACAGAGGUAUCUUUCAACUGGUGGAUUUUGGACUCAGUUUCCUUGAAGGACAUCUUCAAGUGAGUCUUGUGUUUGUUUCACUGACAGUGAUUUUCUGUACAAAGUUUUGAAAAUGCUUUUGGGGUUGGGGAAUCAUCAUAAUUUGAAGGAUGUAAGGAUGGUUAAAAUGGCUAGCAAUAUGUUUGAUAAAUCUGUGAAACCUUUAACCCCCAUGAGUCACCAUGUGUGAGACCUUGAAGAAGGUCUUAACACUUCAAAUGUCAUGGUGAAUAUUGUUGGUCACUAGAGAUUUUUGAAAAUAAGGCUGACAGUCAGCUAUCUUAGCCCUUUAACUCCCAUGAGUGACCAAGAAAAAAUUUCUCUUUACAAUUUCAAUAUAAGAUCAAGCAGAUAAGUAAUAACAAUAUAGGAAAUAUCAACUAGGAGAUUAUUGGUAGAUCCAAUAUUGAAUUCUCCAAACUAAAACCAUACAAAUUGUAGGAAAGAGAAUAAGGAGAAUCACUACUGAUUGAGAUUUUGAGAGUCAAAGGUUUCAGUGCUUUUUAAAUGUAUUGAAUUGCAGAGAACAUGUUUUGGUACCAUUAUAGUGACAUGAAAAAAUUCAUCAAAUAUAUGAAAAAAUACAGAUAAUUGUGCAACGUUAGUAUCUGUUUUAUAUUCUUCAGCCUUCUCAGCCUCUUCAGAGCCCUGGUUACCAAUCUCCUGAGGUGCAAAUGUGGAACAGACUAGUUCCUCAUGGUACAACUGAAAAUAGUAUGUCGGUGAGUAGUCCAGAGUACUUAAGAGCAGAUCUCCAGAAAUUAAACAGGGAUAUGGCAAUAUUAAAAAAGGUUACACCAACCCUCUUUUGGACCACCUCACAAAUGACUUUCUUUGAUAUAUUUUUGCAGAAAUGUUUGUUUGCUUGUGACAUGUGGAGCUUUUCUUAUGUACUAUGGUACAUGUACACAGGACACCCAGCUCCCAGACAUGAAUUGCAUGAACCAGUCUGUACCAUGUGCUUGCAAGAAAAGGUAGCUACAAAUCUUUAGGAUAUGUGUUGGAAUUACUGACUCCAUUUGAAACAGCUGUAAAUGUGGCUUACAUUUAGCCAGUUAACCCUUUGACUCCUAAGAGUGACCAGGAUCUAAUUUCUCCCUAUAAUAUCACCCCUGAAUUAUACAUUUAGGUACCAUGAAUAAAGGAAAUGAUUGACAACUGAAGAAGCUCUUGAUUUUUAUACAUAUACUCCAUGUCAGCACCUUAGGAAGUUUAUAGUGAUAAGUAUGGAGAAAAUGUAUAUUGACUUAAUUAGUUUUAAACUUUGUUUUUCCCUCAGGAUUGUAUGCAUUUCCAGCAAAUCCAGAAGGAAUUACCUCAAGAUGAAAGAGAGAUUACGCUUGAACAACAUGACUUUUUCCUUGACUUUGUUAUGAGGUACUGUAAGUAUUUAAUGAACAUUUUGCUUUUGAGUUAUCAACUUUUUCAUUUAGUUACUAACAGCUGUACAUGUUAUACCUUGGUUAUCUCUGUCAGAGAUGUUAAGCAUUCUAUAUUUAGUACAACUGAGGAGUAUUGCUGAUAUGAGAGAUAUGUGUAGUUUGACAGAAUAAUGCAAAGCACAUGACCUGUAGAAUAAUGUUCCAAUUGAAACCUAAUAAAAACGCUUUUAAAAAUGUCCUAACCCUGUUCCAUUCUGUCCACCCAAAAGAGCUGACAUCCAAUUGUGUACUACAGUUGUCCUUUACACUUGCUCAUACAACACCUAAUCCCCAUAGGGGAUUAGGUGUUAAGGAUCUUGUACUCGUGAUUUUCCCCCUCAGCUGGUUUUGGAGUCCAGAUUUCUUUCAUUUCAAGGGAAAAGAAAGUUUAAGGCUUUCAGAUAGAUGCAACUCUCUGGUAUGACUGGAAGGCACCUCAUUUAUGGCCUACCACAGUUUCUCUUGUGAAGAAUCCAGGUUUUAUUUACCUAGGGUAUACAAUAAUGAACAUUGUUGAGAUCAGAAACACUCAAUCCUAUGAAGCUGAGGGAGUUCUGAUAAAUCUGUGGUCAAUUAAGAAUUUCUGAAUGAAACUAAACUUAAAUUUACUUUGACCUGCAGAAUGAUGAAGUGCAAACCAGAGCAGAGGAUAACACCUUUUAAUGCCAUGCAGCAUUCCUUUCUUAACGGCAAGCAAAAAAAAACCUGUCAGAAGGUUCCAUGAAUGUUUUUUGGCCUUUGGUGGUUUGUCUGAACAAUUGUGGCCCUUAAGAAAAACCUGAUUUCUUUUACUAGCAUUGCCAAAGAGCAACUUAAUGUACAGAAUUAUUUUUCUAAGUCACAUCAAUAAAUUGAUAAAUUGUACCUAUAUUUUAGCUCUAUGGUUUGUUUGAAUUAGAAACUGAUUUUAAAAAAAUAUCAGGUGGGUAAAUGAAGUCUUGCUGGAUUUUAAGAGAGUUGUUCCAUGAUGUACAUGACUCUAUAUUUUCCUAUCUUUACACAAAAGAAUUUAUACUCUCCAUAUAACAUUAGCAUCAGAUCUUAACAGAAAGCAGACCUGAGCUAAGUGUCAGGAUAUACCAAGGACUGUUCUGUUCUUCUGAAUUCUGUCCAUAAUGAUUUUCUACCUGAUUGCCUGGCAAACUUGGUUUUGAAUUACCAAGUAUCCACAAGGAGAUGUGUGUCAGUUGCAUCAUGUGUACAUGAAAUGAUACUCUCUUUAUUUCACUUCAGAUCAGCAAAGAAACUUGAUUAACUUUAUUUUGAAAAUCAUAUUAUUGGGCAGUUAUUGCUGCAUAAAGAGAGAGUUGGGUGCCAUUCUCAGUUUGGAUACUUUCAUAUAUUUUUUCCACAAACAAAGUUAUUUGUGAUAGAUAUUAAAUUUGAAAAAUUCAUUUAAAGGAUAACUGGUUGUAAAUGGAGUAAUAUUAAUUUUAUACCCACUAAGACUUAAAAUUAUAUUAUUUUGGUAAUUUUAUUGGUCUUCACACUGACAGAAGGUUCCACCUGGAAUGUUCCAUUGGGUGUGACAGAGUUGUUACUGCUUCCAACUAGAAUCUUACAGCUGACCAACAUUCUUUUAGAAGACCUCUCCACUGAUUUACUAUUUGGUAAACAUAAUUUUUAUUUUGUUAUUUGAAUUAAAAUAUUUAAAAAACUGUGACAAUUCUAAUUUUUUAUGUCAGAAAAUAUUUUUCAAUCUUCAGCAUGAAAAUGGAAUGGCUGGUUACAGUGAAUGAAGUGUAUCAUCAUGUAUUUUUUGUGGUUCAGUGUUGUAUUGGAUUUUGAAUUAAUUUCAAACCAAUUUGAUUUUUAUUUUCUUUGUGUUAGACUCUAAUAAUGAAAAAAAGGAAAAAAAAGAGGUAUCAAACUCGAGUGAAGAUCUUUCAACCAGAAUGAAUUUAACCAUAUACAAUUCAUACACUGCUCAAGCUUGUGUUUUAGUGAUUCUGGGUCUGUAUCAGUCACUUGAAUACCCAGUUCAGCUCAUAAUAUUUUGGUGUUGGGAGUGGAAGCGGAAUCAUUUGGCCUUCAAGAUUCAUGGUUCAUUGUUUUUUUUUAGCUCAGUGAUUCAUGGUUCAUUAAAAAUUUCCAUUUGAUUUGUAUAUUUAAUUUUAAACUUAUAUUUAAAAUUAUUUUUUUGCAGACGGAUUGAUGGAUGUGAAGGAGGAGUGCGCAAAGUUUGGUGCUGUCAAGGGAUUCAAGUUUACUGGUGAUUCAAAUAUAGGAUAUAAGGUAACAGGGCGAGGGAGAGUGAAAUUGCAAUGAGGCUUUAACUUUCAUGAGCCGAAGGGCGACCACGAAGCGAUAAACAAUGCAAGUUACUCGUGCAAUGGUUAUCUUAGCAGGCAAGGUUGUAGGUGAUAGAUGGCUGCCCGUAGAUUAGUGGCGUUAGAAGGUACUUUACGACUCCACUUCGGCUGUACCUUAGGGCAAAAUACAGCAUUUUGAGGGUCAUCGACUCUAAGUUUUCCUCUGUUACUUGUCUACCAGCAUCUUAGAUGGAGAGCGCGCGCAUUGCAAUUUAAGUCAAACGUGUGUAAAGAAUUUGUUAUGGCCAAUCAGAUUAAAGGAAAACGAGAACUCCUUUAGGACUGCAUGAAUUGCCGGAAAACGCCAGUAGCAAGCGGUUUUAGUUUAGUAUCUAUUUAGUUGACAGUAUAUCGAGUUUUUUCGACUAACUUGGAGAUGCAGAUUCAGUUAUGGAGCAUUGCCUUCCGUUAUAAUCAUAAACGACAUUCAGUUGAAAAUUUCCUCAAACGCGCAUCUUUUAGCCUUUAAAAUGCCUUAUAGUCUGCUUUCUUGCACUGUAGGUGUUUGUCGAGUUCUCUAAUGCUGACGACUGCUCGCGGGCCCAUAGUGCACUCACAGGACGGGACUUUAAUGGCAGGACAGUCAUUACCAGCUUUUAUCCCAUAGAUUAUUAUCAUAUUGAUUACUUUUGGUGCUGAUACUUUUUCUGCAAGAUACAAAAAAAAAUAUGAACUUAUCUUCUAUGCUCCUGUUUGUGAAUUAAGGAAAAAAGAAUCUUCAUCUGAUUUCUACAAAUUUUUAAUUCAGAAGUGAACCAAAGUUAAACCACAUUUCUGGUUUGGAAAAAACAUUUUUCUUAAAAUGUUUUCUCCACCGAAGAUUAUACAAAGGUACUAGUGGACCUGAGAAUGGCUGUAGGCUUACCCUCCAUGGACUAGCAGCCUUUCUAGGAGGAGAAUUAAUUGUGUCGGCAAACUUUGAAGAUCAUGUUUUGUUUACUAUCAUGAUAUCCUAAUCCAACCCUUCUCCCAUGGCUGUUUUAAAUUGUAUUUUCUUCUCCCUUGGCUUGCUUAAAACUCUGUUGGAAAAACCCCAUGUCAAUUAAUCCCAUUCCCAGGCACUGCUAGGGAUCUUUCACCGAAUUUUAUCUUGUUGGGGUACUCCUUAAGGGUCUUGUAUUUUCCCUACUUACCUUUUACUGUCAUUGGCAAUUUCUUUGAGGUUUUAUUAUUUUUAUGGUAUUGUUUGAAUAAUUGUAAUUAACUUAUUAAAGUUUUGUUUGGGUAACCUCAGGCUCUCGUAUAUCUAUCUUUUGGUGGGUUUGCAACGUAGUAUCUUAAGC